AUGGCAACUAUGCUGCUGCCGUUGCGAAACCGUCGCCGGCCACUGCAGUUUUCCGCGUACGACGACGUGCUGGACCCCGACCUGUUCGAUACCGUCGGCGAGUUGGGGCGCAGCGGGUUUGGCACGGUGGUGGCGAUACGGAGAGUGGAUUGCGGCGAGGUGGUGGCGGUAAAUCGCGUGGCGCGCAAGCAGAUGGUGGCGGCGGCGAACGAGGCGAUGGUGGCAGCGUCGCUGAGCGAGUGCCCGGGAGUGCUGGGCGUGCGCGAGGUGCAUCUGGCCGACCACCACGCGUACCUGCUCUCCGACCUCUGCUCUGGCGGCAACCUCCGCGCCCUCCUGCAGCGACGCGCAGAAAAGCUGAGGGAGCUGCGGCUGUGUGGCCGCAACUUCUGGCCGCUGCGAGUCGCGGCGAGGAUAGCAGGUCUGGUGGCAGCGGUGGGGGUGCAGCAGCAUGGGGCGAGACGGGAGGCCCCGGAUCCCACAUGGGGGAGGAGUCACCGCCCAUCUCAGCGCGGAGCAUGGCAGCCGCCCUGCCAGUGGCCGACCCCGUCCUCUCCGCCUUCCACCGCCUCUUCUGCCACCCCUUGCCAGCCACCUCGACUCCUCUUCACGCACUCUCGAGCCAUGAGGGUUUCUCAUCCGCCUGCCAAGCUGCGCUGCUCAUGGCACACACAGCAGAGCAGCCAGAGCUGCUGGAGCACUUCCCUUUCGGGAUCCAUAGCUCUCGUUGCCAAGGCAUACGCUCAUAGAUGGCGCUUGCGACUCCAACCAUCCUUGCAUGUGCGCUAUCCCUUCCCCCUUCCCCGGCAGGUCCUCCUCUCUCUCGCCAACACCUGCCAGGCCGUGCGCUCGCUGCGUCACUCGCACGCCACCUGUGGCCCUGCACUGCCCUGCCUCGUCUCCUCCUUCCAGAUGACCGCCCCCUGCCCUGUCUUUUGA